AUGGCCGUGGAUGCUGUAGAUGCCGCCGCCAACCGCGACGAGACGCCUCCGCCGUCGCCUUCCCACCUGGCGGAGUCGCACGCGAAGAAUAAUCGAUCGAGGAGCCACCACUCCUCCUCCUCUCCCUCUCCCUCCUCUUCCGUAGCCCCUGAGAAGGAUGCUGAUGACCGCCACCGCCACCUCUUCAGCAAAGAUGAAAUCUACGCCGCCUUUUGCCUCGUGAUGCUUUCCAGUGGCGGCUUCGGUGGGGAAAGAGGUUUCGAACAUGACGUUGUGUUGCCGACGUCGGAGCAGCCUCUUCAGUCCUACGAUCCAGCGCAGGAGCAGCAGACGCAGAGAUCACCUCUGAAGAAGCCACAGACGCUGCCUUUGGGGGAGCAGCAGACGCAGAGGUCGCCUCUGAACGAGCCGCUAACGCUGAUGUUGUCUCUGAAGGGGCAGCAGACGCUUGAGAAGCCACCUUUGGAGGAGCAGCAGACGCAGGCGAAGACGUCGCCUUUGAACGUCAAUUCCUACAUCUGCUCCGAGUGCGGGAAGGGGUUCCCGUCCUUCCAGGCCCUCGGGGGACACAAGACCAGACACCGGAAGAAGGCGUUGGCGACCCUGAAACUAGAAGAGGCCGGUGAGGACGCCGCCUUUUCUGUCUCGACCAACGGCGCCGCCUCAGCCGUGGCUGCAGGAGACGGAAAACCUCACGAGUGCAAAGUGUGCCACAAGUCGUUCUCGACAGGGCAGGCGCUGGGCGGGCACAUGAGGCGCCACUACGACGGCGUUGUUGGCGGCGGCCGCUCCACCGCAAGCAGCGGGGUGACGAUGGCGGCGGUGUCAUCUUCGGCCGCAGCGGGCUCCGGGAACGACCGGUGGUUCGACCUGAACCAGUUGCCAUCGCCGCCACAGUUUCCGAAGAGGAAGGAGGCUGAGGAGGAGGUGACCAGCCAUCUGGCGUCCGUCCCGAAGAAACCCCGUCUCUCGACGGCCGGCAUCGAACCACCACCACCACCACCACCGCCACCGCCACCGACCUUGCAUAGCUUCUUCUGA